UAUAGAUGUAAUUUUGAAUCAUAAUUAUUAAACGGCAAUUGAUAUUAUAUCCAACUUCAAAAUGGAUUCCACUCUUUGGAAUGGGAUACUAUUGCUCUUUGCUGUGGCAUGUGCCAUUACUUCGUCAUUAGGGGCGGAUUGUCCAACGGAAUUUGAAAACUGUACAUGUUUGCAAAAUACAUUAACAUGUAGUUUAAAAAAGUAUUGGAGCUUACCAAAAGCGGUAGUUUUUGAUCUCAGUAUGACAUACUACUAUUUUGAUCAUAAUAAUCUCACUAUAAUCAAAUCAACUUAUUUUACGAAUUUUGUGAGCAUGAGCUAUCUCUCUUUAAGAGAAAAUAAGAUUUCAACAAUUGAAGAGGAAUCUUUUCACAACAAUUUGAAGUUAUCUCAUCUUGAUUUGUCUUACAACCGUCUCGAAUACCUUUCGGUCAAUUUAUUCAAACGUUUGACGUCAUUACAAAACAUUUAUCUUGGAAACAAUCAACUUCGAAGAAUUGAAACCGAUCUUUUCACCCAUCUUACCACUCUGGAAGUGGUGAGGAUCAAUAAUAACAAAUUAGAAUUUCUCGGAAAAGACGUUUUUAUUCAUUCGCCCAAUCUCAGAGAAUUAUAUUUGGAAUCUAAUAAUCUUGAAAUACCAGAAAAGAAUUGGCUCGAGUCGUUUAAUACCACAGCAAAAGAAUAUUUUGUAUAUUUGGAUGACAAUCCCUGGUCAUGUGACUGCAGGAUGAAAGAAUUCUUUCUUUGGGGGAAAAAUCACCCUUGGUUUACAAAGCAUGACAGACAUGGAAUAAGUGUUCCUAAAUGCCAUUCACCCUAUGUACUGAGAGGAAUAAGUUUGGCACAGAUACCCAGCGAGGAAUCCCUUUUUUGUGACAAUGUGAAAAUCACAUCCCACGAUCACGAAGUUAAGACGACAGAGCAGCAGAGCAUCGAGCUGUCUUGUUCAGCAAAAGGUUAUCCUUAUCCAACUGUGACGAUUUCUAGAACAGACCAACCAGCCACAACAUCGGCUAAAUCUAAAAACGACACAAAAUUACAGAUUUCCCAAGUGAAGGUUAGUGACUCUGGCAUCUACGUAUGCAAAGCUUCCGGUUGCAACGAUGAAGGAAUAUCAAGAGCUGUUAGCAUUAACAUAAAGCUGACAGUAUACAGAAAUCCUGGUAGUGUGGUAACAAUUGUUCUCGUCAGUUUGUUCUUCGUAUCAAUCGUACUCGGUGUUGCUGUUUGGUUUUAUCGUACAAAAUACAAACCCAAGGCUGCAUAUGAUCGAUUAACAAACACACACUACGAUGUCACCGACGUAGCAACUUCUGCCAUGUACAACGCAGAGUCAAUACAUCAUCCUGUCAGCGGCGCACCAGAGAUCAAAAGCGUGGAGAAUAGAUACACUCACGAAGAAUUAGAAGAAUCUGAUAGCGAAGAUGUUGUUGCUGAAUACACUAAAGAUACAGAAUUUUUGGUUUAGACGUUGCUGUGGAAUUUAGCAAUGCAAGUCAAAGCAUUUCCUUGCUUUAUUGUAAUGCAAAUGAAUUACUUCAACUAAAAUUAUGUACAAUUAUAUACAAAUGCAGUAAAUUGGCAUUAUAAUUGUCAUGAACUUUUAUGUGGCACAGCCAUAAUAUUUAUUCGAUGAUAAUCGAUUUUUUGCAAAUUUUAUGUUUUUUUCGAACUGAACGCUUUUGUUGAAUUUUUUUAUGCUUUUUUAAUGAACAUGAACAAAAGAUUUUUACACACUUUCUCGUUAAUGACACAUUUAUCAAACAAUCACACUCACGCUUUCAGGUGCUACUAAUUGUUAGCAUCUACACCUUCAGUAAGGAACAACGGAAAAAGUUAAAUGGAAUCAUAAUUCUGCCCACGAAUUGCUGAGCAAGAUGAUAUUGUUUUACAUAUAAAAUUACUUAUACAGUAUUAUAGGUGAAUAUUAUUGAGAAGGUAUAAGUAAAUGUUUAAUGUAUGUUUUCUUGUUUCAGUAUUUUUUAUUUGCCUUUUUUGUAUAGUUUUAUAUAUUUUGCAUCAGCAUACUAUUGUAGUAAAAUCGCCCACUAUUUUGAAAUUUGUUUUAGAUUCAGAAGACUAUAUUUAAAUCCCUCUAUUUAAUGGAAGGACCACGCAUCGGUACCGGUACACAAGGCCUUAGAUCACAGAGUUUGCUUUGCUGAAAUUAUCGCGGAAAAGCAUGGUUGGAAUGAAAUAAUAAACAUAAAAAUGGAA